GCAGAAGGCAACGAUCUCCGCUACAUCGGCGGAGGCACGGCCACCAACAAAACCAACCUUGUCGCGCCCACGCCUCUCAGCGCGGCCCCCAGCGCCCAGCUUGCCCCCCCAAAUCUGGUCUCGGGAGACGCGCGUUUUCUCGAGCAGCAUAAGGGCGCCCGCCCCAUCUGCGACGGCCGCAAGCAGGGGCCUUUCGAGCUCCGCGAGGGCACGUGGGAGGACGACCACGCACGCUCCUACCUAGCGCAGAAUCAGGAGCUCGCUUACAACAGCGGUUUCAAUUGCCGCUGGCUCUGCCUGCGGCGCUGGCAACGCCGCGUGGAGGAUAAAGGCGCCGAGGUACCGCAUAGACGACAUGCGAUAGAUAAGCUGGCCGCCCACCACGAAGACCAUUGUGCCGCGCAGGGGAUCCGGGUCCGCAACGCCCUCCCGGUACCCCUACGGAUGCCAGCGGGGCAUGUCCAGGUGCCCAAACCCAGCAGCGCCUGCGCGUUGACCCAGCUGCUCCUGUUGGCCACCGACACUGACGACCCAGCACAGACUGGCAGCACCGUCCCCAACUGCCGCCCCAUAGACGACCGCUUCGGCACAGGCGCCACGGAGUCCGGGCUCUGCUCUGCCAUCUGCGACAGCGGCAGCGGCGAGCCCGUUGAGCUGGCGCGGGGGCCAG